AUGUAAAAAUACAUUGCUAAAAAUGUUACUUUGAAUUUUAAAAACUUAGUUAUUGGAGGAGAUGUCAAAACUAUCAAUCCUUAAAUAAAGAAUGAAGAAUCAUUUUUCAAAUACUAUGAUUAGAUUUUCAUGAAGAACACCUAUAUUUAAGAUUGUUUAAAAAAUUAAUUAUUGAGAAUACCAGUUGACUUUUUUUAAGAAAGCAGAUAUGAUGAUUUUGCAGAAGAUCAUUCUGAUUUCAUAGAACAAGAAAAUCAGAGAUAAAAAUGA